GCUCAUUCGGGAACCUCUUCCCCCGCUAUCGCUCCACCGCCAUCUCCGUCAUCAGCGGCGUGUUUUCGGCGUCCGCGGGACUCUUCUUCUUCCUGCAGCUGGCCGUGGACGCGGGCAUCUCCCUCCGCUAUGCCAACUGGGUAUUAGCUGCAAUGGCAUCGCUCACGUUGCCUGUUACCCUUAUCAUGCCUUGUCACCAUAUCCCGUAUAAUGAUGAUGCAGGAGCGAAGGGCGACAGAGAGUGCGUGGAGCUCCCCCUCAGAAAGAGUUUCCUCUCCCUCUCCAGCUUCACGUAUCAGUUGUGGUUCUUCGUCAACCUGUUCUCCAUCGUCCUGUUCAACACGUUCUUCAAUUCCUGGAUCAGCAGCAUCUCCUCUACCGGCGAUGAAGAUCGCGAUGCUGGUCGUCUCCUGCGUCCAGCCGUUCCACCUCCUGAGUAACACCUACCUCCGCAAGGUCGUCCACAUGGAACAGACGACCCUGAGCAGCGACGAGAUAACGGCGCCUCUCUCCUCGGACGUCGGUAACAAGAAGUCUGAAGCAGUUCAGUGUCUUUCGGACCCUCCUCAGCCAGCUUAAGAAGAGAUUUUUGCGGGUCGUGGGGAUCAAUUUCCUUUGGCUUGAGGGAAUAGAGACCAUUUUUGUUAGAGGGGGGUGGGGUCGUGCCUUUUUUUUUGGUCGGGGAGGGGGGUCGUACCUUUUUUUUUUGGUCGGGGGUGGGGUCGUGCAUGGUGGAGGGGGGUAGGUCUUUUUUGUUUUGUUUUUGUUAAGGGGGGUCGUAUUAUUGAUAUUUUGGUGAGAAAGUCGUUUCUAUUUUAGGGGGGAUAGUGUCUUUCAUCUUUUUAUGGGGGGUCGUGUCUUCGAACCAUCUUCGUUAUUUUUUUCACUGUCUGUUGCUGAUAUGAAUGAAUGAAAACUAAUGUUAAUUCCAAUGAUAACGAUAAUGAUAAUAAUAAUGAUCAUAAACCUUAAUGAUGAUAAUAUAUUUAUAAGUUUGUCACUUUAUGCAUAGAGCAAAGGACAGAUGCACAGAAGAUUUUUUUAUGUGUUUAUCGGGCCAUUUGUAAGUUUUAUAAUUAUCUAAAAUGGUGAUUUGUUGGAUUUGAGACACGUACUGAAAGUAUAUUACAAAUAAAUAUACGCUUAUCAGUACGGUCUUAAAGCUUUUAGCAAUGACACCAGCAGCUGGAAUCUCUUUCUUUCUCAUUAUUUUUUUCUCUCUCUCUCUCUCUCUCUCUCUCUCUCUCUCUCUCUCUCUCUCUCUC